UACACCACUGCUCUGAGAGACGAGAAAGACACCCGAAAGACAGGAUAUGUGCUCAGAUACAGAGAGGACAGGAGGCACAGAGGAGAGGACAGAGAGAGACAGGAGAGGGGACAUGGAGGAGAGGACUGAGAAAAAGAGGAGGUGAGCAGAAAGAGGAGACGGUACACACAGAGGAGAGAGGAGAGGACAGAGAGGACAGAGGAAGGAUAGGACAGAGAGACAGUAGGCCGAGGGGACAGUGGACAGGGGACUCCUAAAAUGGCUCCCACCGCCCAGGACAACUGCCUGGCCACUCUGCUCAGAGCGGGGCUGUUUGUAACAGGUUGCACCAUACUCGUGGUUUGUUCUUUCCCCAUGGUUCAGAUUGUGAUGGGUGCGGUGUACGUGAGCUCCUGUCCGGUGGCACCUGCCCUGCCGGUGUACCUGAUGGUCAGUGGAGUGGGGACCUUGUUGUUCAUCAGUCUUCUGGCCCUCCCUCCUCUGCUGUGUCCAGACCGACACCGCAGCUCCCUGUGGACCCUGUGCAUGCUCUGCCUGGGCCUGGUCUUCCUCGCCUGGUUCCUUUAUGGGAGCUACGUCAUCUACUCAGUGUACCCACCGCAGUACACGGACAACUCCACAUCCAAAACACUGGUCACUUCUGGUCCAGGGCCCACACACUCAUGGACCCCCACACACGCAGGGCCCUCUACAACGGUCACUUCUGGUCCAAGACCCACACACGCAGGGCCCUCUACAGCAGUCACUUCUAGUCUGGGACCCACACACUCGGGGCCCUCUACAGCGGUCAGCUCUGGUCCAGGACUCACACACUCAGGGCCUUCUGCAGCAGUCAGAUCUGGUCCGAGGUCCAGACGCUCAGGGCCUUCUGCAGCAGUCAGAUCUGGUCCGAGGUCCAGACGCUCAGGGCCUUCUGCAGCGGUCAGAUCUGGUCCAGCGCCCACAAACUCAUGGACUCCCACACACUCAGGGCUCUCAGCACGGGCCAGUUCGAGUCACACAGGGGCCUCUGGUGGGGGGCGGUCAGCAGAGGUCAGCUCGGGGCUCUACUGUCACCGCUCUCUGUACCUGUUUGCCUUCUGGACCCACACUCUGGUGUAUGUGUUUGCGGCGCACACCCUGGUUUUUCUGCUGUGUUUCUGCUGCUUCAUGAAGGUCUCUGCCGUGAUGGUCUCACAUCUGACCACCUGAAGACCACACUGGCAUUAAAACUGUACAGGCCACUCUCAGGCUUUGACCCAUAUAUAUGACCCACUGUGAUGUAAUGUUAAAUAUCCUGCUGUUAUUGUGCUCUUUCUUAGCUCAAUGCUCAUUUGUAAACCUUGUACCAUGUCAAUAAAAGCCUUUCUGAUGAUGA